CCUCCGCUGACUGGUUACAUUUUAACCAGGAGUCAGUCUCUCUCUGGAGCGGCGACUCGCUCAAAACAAAACCACUCCACGGACAGCAGCCAGUCCAUGUGAGGGUGAUUCCGCAUUGGGGCGCAGGCAGGCAGCGCCAGUUCCCGUCACUGAUGCUUCAAGUUUGUGGGGAAAUAAACUUAUUUUCCGCUGGAAACAUGGUGGGUUUGGGUCAGCUGCUUGGCGAUGGACAGUUCUGGAUGCUCAGUGCCUGAACAUGGAGCGGUUUCACAUUAGUACAAUGUCAAGGAGAACUCUCCACAUUUGUGGUGCUAUAAACUGGGAAUGCUGCCGAACAGUUGUCAAAGGGGGCGAGAAAAUUCUGGACGUGGUCAGAGACGGAGUGCAGAAUUAGAGGCGGUAUUGUAAUGAUGGAGAAGCCCCAGUCCAGCAUGUUUUUCCACAAACGAAGGUCCCAGUUGUUGUUGCUGAAUUCACUGACAUGUGGCUUGGAGAUGUGUGUGGGAGCCGGAAUCACCUUUGUACCCCCACUGCUUCUGGAAGCUGGUGUACAAGAAAAAUACAUGACUAUGGUUUUGGGUAUUGGGCCAGUCCUAGGACUGAUAUUUGUUCCAAUGAUUGGUUCGGCAAGUGACCACUGGACAAGUCGCUAUGGCCGCCGACGCCCCUUCAUUUGGGCACUCUGCUUUGGGGUCCUUCUGAGUCUCUUUGUUAUCCCUCACGCCAGCAAGAUGGCCACUUUCUUCAGCCUGAACGAUUAUCCUGUCGAUGUGAUCUUCCUCAUCAUUGGGAUCUGCAUGUUGGACUUUUGUGGCCAAGUCUGUUUCACCCCUCUGGAGGCCCUGCUGUCAGACUUGUUCCAUGAUGCAGAAGAUUGUAGGCAGGCUUUCUCCAUGUAUUCCUUCAUGAUCAGCCUGGGGGGUUGCAUCGGCUACCUCUUGACAGCAGUGGACUGGAAAAGUACUUUUGUGUCCACUUACCUCGGUGGGCAAGAAGAUUGCCUCUUCACACUUCUGGCUGCCAUAUUUAUUUUGUGUGUUCUUGCAACCUUCUUUGUAUCUGAGGAAAACUAUAGUAAUGUGGAUGGCCGGGUCGAUAUUUCACCAAAGGAAGUCAUUAAGCCUCUGUCACGGUACUGUUGUUGCUCCACUAGUAUGCUUUGGCGAGCAAGGCACUACCUUCUGGUACUGAAGAACUGUUGCACUUUGAUCCCCAAACUCUAUAACUUGUACUGUCGCAUACCCAAGGUGAUCCGGCAGCUGGUUGUAGCAGAGUUCUACAGCUGGAUGGCUCUCAUGACGUUCAUGAUGUUCUACACAGACUUUGUGGGGGAGGGACUCUACCAUGGUAUCCCUAAUGCUGAUCCAGGGAGUGAAGCUAGGCUGCGCUAUGAUGAAGGUGUUCGAAUGGGCAGUAUGGGUCUUUUCCUGCAGUGUGCAUUCUCAAUUUUUUGUUCAGCAAUAAUGGACAGACUGGUGAAGGGGUUUGGUACCAAAGUAGUUUACCUCGCCAGCAUAGCAUUUUUUACAUUUUCUGCCUUCAUCAUGUGCCUUUCGAAGAGUGUGAUCCUGGUGACAGUGAUGUCUGCACUAACAGGGUUUACAUAUUCAACUCUACAGAUUUUACCCUACACAUUGAACUCCCUUUAUCAUAAGGAAAAACAGGUAUAUUUUUGCAAGCACAAGUUUACUGAACUCGAAGAUGGCAAUUGCCAGAUUGAGAAAAAGGCAUCUUCGCAAAAUGGAAUCUUGAAUCAUAAGUCAUAUAAUCAAAAUGGAAAUUUAAUUACAACUGCUCCUCUACUGUCUUCCAAAGGUCCUCUGCCAGAGAGAAGCAGCAUCUCUCAAAAUCGUGGAUCUCAGUGUGAGGUCAUCAUGCCUGCUGGAUCUACUGACAGUGAACAAUCUAUGGGGAGAGGGAUUUGCCUUGACCUAGCUAUUCUGGACAGUGCCUUCCUUCUUUCUCAGGUCAUUCCCUCACUACUCAUGGGAACAAUUGUUCAGUUUACACAGACAGUAACUGCUUACAUGAUCUCCGCGGCCUUCUUUGGGACGGUGGCUAUUUAUUUUGCAACCAAAAUAGUUUUUGAUAAAAAUGAUUUGGAAAAGUAUUUAGUGUGAUGUAAUGAAGGGUUUCUGCUAUGGGGUGGUGUAACAGUUGGAGGUGAGUGAUAUUGAGAUCUAUGGCAAUAUUAUAAGCACAAUAGUUGUCAAUUAAGAUCAGGAUUCUUCAAAAUUCUGAAGCACUCCUUGGUUCAUUGAUUAUGCUAUUGCUCGAUAACUUUGAAGUCUGACAUGAAUCUAUUUCACUGACUGGAGACCAUAUGGCUUCCAUUUGGUGUCGAUGCACAAACAUCUGCUGCUUAUCAACUCCUGAUUUCUAAAUGAAUCCAUUUAUACACUUCAAAGCAUCUAAUCUAUUUUACACCACCCUGAUUUGGAUUUUAAAGACAUUUUAAUUGCUGACCUGUGUAGUUUACAGAAAGCAUUAAAGACUUGUUUCUUGAUGUAUCAUCAAAAACAGUUUACUUAUCCAAAAUUUGAGUCUACAAUUGUUCUUUUAAAAAAAAAAGGUACCAAAGCUUAUAUUCUGAGGAUACAAUUAUGCUACUGUUCCACAAGACGGAUGAAGGGAAAAGCUAUUGGAUUCCCACAGGCAAGCUCCAUCACUGCACACCAUCAAACCACCUGAUCUUAACUUUAUUGCAGCCAUACUCCAGAUUCCAGCUGCAUGGGUCAUAAGGAUGAGGGAUGUUGUGGUCAAUCUGACCCAUCUGCCCAUGGAAUUAAACUCCUGCCCUCUCCUCCAUGGUAGCGGGUAACUUGCCCAAGUGCAAUAUUGAUGCCACUGGCAUCUUCAAAGGCCUACAUUGGGAACGGGUCCAAACGAAUGUAGCAGUAAAAGAGGUGUAUGCAAGUAUUGAACUAAACGUCUGGUAUUGGAUUUUAUCGGUGUGUGGGAAAGGGAUGACAAUGUUAUUUUAUUGCCUCCUAUUUUAAACUCUUAUUUAAGACAGUACCACAUCCUCUAGGUGAACUUGGAUACGCCUUUGCUUGGUGAUUAAAUUGUUUUGUUUGCACUUUGAA